ACCCAGAAAAUAUUAUGGAUAGAUAGCGAGGCAGGCGAAGACCAAAAAAACCCAACUCCUCCAGCUCACACCUUCAUCAACAAAGAAGCCAACUCUCCCGAGCGAUCAGUCCUCGUCCUCCUCAUCCUCCUCCUCAUUUCUCUCUAUUUUCUCAGAUAACAAACAGAGAAAAUGGAGUCCACUGAGUCGUCUUAUGUGUCGUCGCCGGAGGCGCCGAAGAAGGGAUCUCUUCAGCCGCCGAAAUCGCCGGCGUCAGAUUCUGCAGAGAAGCCUACAUAUAUUAGGUUCCUUGUAUCGAAUGCUGCAGCUGGUUCUGUCAUUGGAAAAGGUGGUUCCACAAUUACUGAUUUCCAGUCACAGUCUGGCGCACGUAUUCAGUUGUCACGUAAUCAUGAAUUUUUUCCUGGGACGACUGAUAGGAUUAUCAUGGUAUCUGGAUCAAUUGAUGAAGUAAUCAAAGCAAUGGAACUUGUUCUUGCUAAACUGUUGAGUGAGCUCCACAGUGAAGAUGGUAAUGAUAUUGAACCAAGAACGAAAGUGAGGCUCAUUGUUCCAAAUAGCUCUUGUGGUGGCAUAAUUGGAAAAGGAGGGGCUACCAUAAAGUCCUUUAUUGAAGAUUCACAAGCUGGCAUUAAGAUAUCUCCACUGGAUAAUAAUUAUUACGGGCUGAGUGAUAGGCUAGUGACAUUGGCAGGCACUCUAGAUGAACAGAUGCGAGCAAUAUAUUUGAUUUUGUCUAAGCUUACAGAAGAUGCUCAUUACUCACAGGCUAUGCAUGCCCCAUAUUCAUAUGCAGGUGUUUUCUUCUCUGGUUUUCAUGGUGUUCCGUAUGCGUAUGUACUUCCUUCUGCUGCAACAGCACCAUAUAACAGUGUGAACUAUGCACCAAAUGGAGCUGGAGGAAAAUUUCAGAAUCCCAAGAAGGCUUCUGAUGAUCAUCAGGAGGAUCGUAGCAACUCGGUGACAAUUGGUGUUGCUGAUGGGCAUAUUGGUCUGGUUGUUGGUCGUGGUGGAAGAAACAUUAUGGAAAUUAGUCAGGUCAGCGGGGCCAGAAUAAAAAUCUCAGAUAGGGGCGAUUUCAUGUCUGGAACGAAUGACAGGAAAGUGACAAUCACGGGUUCACAGAGAGCAAUCCGUCAAGCUGAGUCAAUGAUAAUGCAGAAGGUGGCAUACGCCUCUGAGAGAGCCAUGGAUUAGUUUUUUUCAGAGUACCGUUGUCUUGUGUAGUUCAGAAUCUUUGGAACUCACCUGGCUUUUGAUUGAGCAACAUUUCUGUGUCUCCUCACUCUAUAAAAUUUUCGGUGAGAAGUUUAAAUUGUGUAGCGAGGCUCGCAAGAAGCUGGGAAUUUUUAUGAGGCAGAGCUUUUCAUAGGAAUUCUUCUGAAAGCAGAAACCCUAAAAACUUGUUUGAGAAAGAGAGAGAGAGAGAGAUAGAGAGAGAGAAAGAGAAAAGGAAAAAAAGAUGUUGGGGUAGUUGGCCAUUUGUUAAAACUGUAUUAGAAUUAGCUUCCUAUUAUUUUUAUUUAUAGGGUUGUAACAUGAAGAGAGUAACUGUUGAUUACUAAGUCUGAUUUAUAUUUUUGUAGAAA